AUGUGGUGCCUUUUCACAGUGAUGCAUUUCAUCCUACUUCUUAGAACUACUCAUGGUAUCUUUCAAAAUAAAAAAUCUGUGAACCCUGAAGUAAAUAUGAAUAUUAGUGAAAUUAUUUCCUAUUGGGGCUACCCUGAUGAAGAGUAUAAUAUUGUAACCAAAGAUGGUUAUGUCCUUGACCUUUAUAGAAUUCCUUAUGGAAAAACAGACAAUAAUAACAAUUCAGCACAGAGGCUUGUUGUAUAUUUGCAACAUGGUUUGCUUUCAUCUGCCAGCAGCUGGAUUUCCAACCUUCCCAACAACAGCCUGGGCUUCAUUUUGGCAGAUGCUGGUUAUGAUGUGUGGAUGGGAAACAGCAGAGGAAAUACCUGGUCCAGGAAACACUUGUACCUAGAAACAAAUUCCAAAGAAUACUGGGCUUUCAGUUUUGAUGAGAUGGCUAAAUAUGACCUUCCAGCAUCUAUUGAUUUCAUCGUGAAGCAAACUGGACAAGAGGAAAUAUUUUAUGUAGGCCAUUCACAGGGUACUACUAUUGCUUUCAUAACAUUUUCCACAAUACCAAAGAUAGCUGAAAGAAUAAAGAUAUUUUUUGCCUUAGCACCAGUUUUUUCCAUUAAAUACUCAAAAAGCCCUUUAAUUAAAAUGGCAUACAAGUUGAAGUCAGUUAUCAAGGUUUUUACUGACAACAAAGACUUCUUAUCUAAAACCUCAUUUAGCAAAUUUAUUGGUUCAAAGCUGUGUCCGCUACCAAUUUUUAAUCAGAUUUGCCUUGAUAUCUUGUUUAUGAUGUUUGGAUAUGACCAGAAGAACUUAAAUAUGAGUCGUUUGGAUGUGUAUUUUUCACACAACCCAGAAGGAACAUCUGUUCAAAAUAUGCUUCACUGGAGUCAGCUUUUAAAUUCUACUCAUUUGAAAGCUUUUGACUGGGGCAGUCCUUAUUUGAACUUGGUUCAUUAUAAUCAGACAACUUCUCCAUUGUACAAUGUGACAAAUAUGAAUGUGUCAACUGCAACUUGGAAUGGUGGAAGUGACUUGUUGGCUGACCCUGAAGAUGUUAAAAUUUUAAAUUCUGAAAUCACAAACCACAUUUACCAUAAAACUAUUUCUUACUACAAUCAUAUAGACUUUUUGUUUGGAUUAGAUGUCUAUCAUCAAGUUUACCGUAAAAUUAUUGAUAUUAUCCAAGACAAUCUGUAA